AUGAGCGACAGCGGCGAGCAGGGCUCGCUCAAGCAGCGCAGCUCCAGCAAGAAAACGAAGAAGGGAGCAGAGGAGGCAAGCACAACUUCUUCCGUUGCAUCUCCCGAUGAGGCUACGAGCAAGUCGUCCCCUGCCGCUGAUAAAUCCAAGGCUUCUGCGGCUUCAAUCAAGAGUUCGGAGAAGAAGAAGGCCAGUUCAUCUUCAUCUUCGAGCAGGAAACCGGCCACGAGCGGAGGCGGAGGAGUGAACCCUUGUGUGGCGUUGGUGCUGGUGGUCAUGCUGGUGGGCGCGGCCUACCUGGUGUGGGAGGCCAGCUUCGAAGGCGACUCGGGCCUCCCGCUCACCGGCCACGCGAGGUCGAUCGGUGGAUUGUACGUGCCGAUCCACGACGGCGUGCAAGACUUAAACGUGUUCGUGCGGACGGCUGGCUACUACACCCGCGAGGAAGAAGUCGUCCUGCUUCUCACAUCUCUGCCUGUGUCGAGCUUCUCCUUCCGUUCUGUGCUGGGCCUGUUCGACAAGGAGACCGGCAUCUACGCCGUCGCCUUUGACUUCCCCGGACUGGGUCUGAGCGAUAAGCCGCACGACGCGCUCUACGACGUCGACUACUUGGCUGAGCGCGUCAAGGACGUCAUCGCCUCGAUGAAUCUGGGCAAGGUCCACCUGGUCCUGCAGGACUACGCAGGCACUGUGGGCCUGCGCUUCGCCGAGCGCUACCAGCACCUCGUGCGCAGCGUGACGUUGCUCGAUCCCGGUCUCGAGGUCGCAGCGCCGCAGCUGGCCUUCCCCGUGUCGCUUCUCGCCGCCGACGGCGACGCCGCCACCGCCCGGCUGGCGCUGCCCGUUCUCACCUCGUCCCUGCCCGUGCUAUCGCACCUCAACCGGUACCUGUGGCGCUCGGCGCUCGGCGACAACUUCUCCCAGGCCGACUCGCUCGCCUUCUCGUUCCUGGCGCGCUACGCCGGCGGCAAGCACAGCCUGCUCCGCAUCGGCGCCGAGCGGGCCAAGGCGCGCGACGCCCUGCUGGCCGACCCCAAGGCCCGACAGGCUGCGGCGGCGAGUCUCAAGCAGCUGCUGGCCAGCGCCGACAACAACCAAUCCGGCAUUCCGCUCCAGUGCAUCUUCACCGAGAACAACAACUAUUACUCCAACGCGGAAGACCAGAGGCAGUUCGUGACGGCCACCUUCCAACCAAGCCACCAAGAGGUGAAGCGCUCCGGGUUCCUGGUGCAGGCCGACCAGCCCGCCGAGCUCGUGUCGCACGUCGUCAAGUUCGUGCGCGGGCUGCCCAAGUCGGUGGACAAGCUCAACAACAAGCAGGCCAACCUCCAGGCCCAGCGCGAGGCCGAGGAGGUGCUGGCGCGUCUCGAGGCCGGCGAUCCUUCGCUCCACGUCCACGCUCAUGGUCACGGCGGCGGCCCAGCGCAGCAGGUCAAUGGCAUGGGUGCUGCGGCUGGCCACUCUCAUGGCCAUUCGCAUUCGCACUCGCAUUCGCAUUCCCACGGGCACGACCACGAUCACGACCAUGAUCAUGAUCACUAG